AUGGGUCAAAUUAGUUCAACUGCUAUUAUUAUAUUGGUAGUUAUUGCUGUGGUUAUAGUUAUUAUUGUUCUGAGUUUAUUGAUUUGUUGUCUUUGUAAAAAAUGUGAUCAAUGUGCAAGAUGGUCACGAGGAAGAGCAAUUGAAAGAGAAGAAACGGCAAGAGAUCGAGAGAUUGCUGAAAGUCGACGUCACUUUAAUGAAAUUCGUCAACAACAAGAUCUAGUACACGAUCAACUUCGGGUGAAAUACAAUCUUAAUGGUGGUGAUUCGAAGACUGUUAUUGUUCCAUAG